AUGCCACCACUAUUGUAUCUCGUUCGGCACGCCGAAGCUGAGCAUAAUGUCACACACAACCCAAAUACGCGUGAUGCGCUUCUCACUGAGAAAGGGAUCCAACAAUGCGAAAAACUCAAGAAAUUAUCCGAGUCGUUUCAUCACGAGAUCGACCUAGUUGUUGCGUCGCCAUUGCGACGUACCAUCCAAACAGCUGUUUACUCUUUUGGUCCCGUGCUUGCUAAGACCGGGUUGAUUCUGCUGCCUGAUGCACAGGAAGUCAGCGGUAUGCCUUGCAAUAUCGGACUGGAUAGAAAGGACUUGGAGAUUGAGGCUGUGACAAUGUUUAAGGGUGACGAGGAUGUCCUGGAAGGAGCAUACAGCACCACACCAUCGGCGGUUAAAGCUCGCGCUGUGCGUCUCAGACAGUGGCUUUACGUUCGCCCAGAGAAGGUCAUAGUUGUGUUUACUCAUGGGGCGUUUCUUCACUACCUUACCGAAGACUGGAGCGGACCCAUUUACUUUGGAAAGGAAAUUGGAUAUGCAGUAGACGAAGAGGACGGGAGCAGUCCUCCACGUGGAACCGGAUAUCUCAACUGUGAGGUUCGCCAGUUUACAUUUUCGAAAGAGUCUAGUUGUGACGAUGCGCAUUUAAAUGCUACAGGAUUCAAGAUAGAAGGGUCAAGUAUUGCCUGA